CUCACUGAUAGGGAGGGGACCGUGGUUGCCUUCCUCACAGCAUCUUGCCUGCAGGGCCAGGGACCAUGGCCAGAGUGGUGAGUGCAGAAGACUUCAGUGGAUUACGCCCCUACUCUCAUGGAAUCAUAUUUACUGCAAGACCACAGUCUACACCAGGCAGAGCACCAUCAUGCAGAAGCAGGCAAAGCUCAAUUAAAUCAGCUUCAUCUACAUCUGUGCGUUCUGUCCCAGAUUCCACGCUAUCCUCCUCAGAAAUUGAGCAGAUUUUACUUAAAAAGACAGCUGAAAAAGAAGGUGAACUUAAAAAAGCAUUUCAGACAAUUGACAUUGAUCACACCCUAACAGUCACAAAAGGCGAAUUCAGAAGAGUGAUUGAAACCUUUCUUUUUCCUCUGACACAAGCACAGUUUGAUUCUGUGCUGGCACAGAUUCCGAUGACUAGCAAAGUUACUGUACCAUAUCUUGACUUCCUGGCAAAGUUCACUAGGGUUGCCAAAAGUGUCAACAUGCAAAGAAGAUGGAAUGAUAGCCAAGGCAGCCAAACCAUGACAUUAAGUCAGCUGGAGUCCCUCUUAAAGGAAAAGAUUUCAAAGAAUUUGAAAAGCAUCAUCAAGACCUGUAGACUUUUUGACUAUAACCGAACAGGACAAAUACAGCGGCAUGAGCUAAGACGGAUUCUUGAGAUCAGUUGUUUCAGGAUGAAGGAUGCAGAGUAUGAAAAACUGUGGAAUCAUUCCUGUGUUGGUAAAACGAAUACAUUGGAUUAUAAAGAAUUUCUGAAGAACCUUGGUAUAAAUAUGGGUACAGUUAAGAAAAAUGCAACAGAAAACCAACGCCUAGCACCGAACUGGGAGGAGACACAGGACAAGAUGCCAAAACAGAAUAAGCUGUCACUACAGACUUCACCAGCUGAGGGUAGUUUGAUAGAAUGCACACUAGAUGACAUAGAGAUGGCUUUUAGGAAAAAGCUGUACUCAACCUAUCAGGACAUUGAAAAAGCCUUCAGAGCAUUUGAUGUCAGUCAGAGUGGAUUUGUGUCUUUGGAUUACUUAAAGUCAGUCAUAAAUGGCUUUAUAUUUCCAUUACCAAAUGGAACUUUUCAAGAGCUAAUGAAUAGAUUUGGAUUUAAAGCCACAGGUAAAAUUGCCUGGCAUCAAUUUUUAGAGAAAUUUCAGGACCCUGUGACAUAUGAAAAUGGACAGACACUUCCUAUAAGAAAGAACCACAGAGUACACCCAAUCAGAGGAAUGGAUGAAGCUUUCUCAAGUAACAGUAUCCUUCUAAAGCUGCGCAGACACAUCCAAAAUGCAUAUCCAUCACUGAAGCAGGCAUUUCUCAUGAUUGAUACAAAACAAGAUGGAAAGAUCACAAGAAAUGAGCUUCGUCGCGUUUUGGACUGCAUCUUAUUUCAAAUAAGAGACAAGGACUUCCAAGACCUAAUCAAGAUAAUUGAUCCAGAACACACUGGGUACCUCAGCUACCAUACAUUUUUAGACUUGUUUGAAGAAAAGGAAUCUCUAGUGGAAGACAUUCUUUUGGAUAAAAUCACAGAAAAUUGGAAAGACUUCCACAAGGCUUUGCAGACCUGUGACCCUAAAUGUACAGGCAUUAUUAGCAGAAAUCAGCUAAGAAAAAUUGUACAUAUAUAUUGUCCCUCUUUGUCCGAUGAACAAUUUACAAAACUAUGCCAUAAAUUUCAAGAUAUUUCUCCUGAUGGGAUCCUUUACAGGAUGCUUUUGGAGAGCUUAGGAGUUGCUGUUUUACCGGGUGACUUAACUGGUAUCAGCACACAGAUUUCAAAGGGAAGUCAACAGAGAGAAGAAAAAAGACAAACAGAUCUUUCAGAGAGAAUGAAACAGAUUGAAGAUCAAGCCAAUAAGCAUACCAAGAAUAGAACUGUUGAUGAAGUAAUUGAAAGGCUCAAGGACAGUGUGAUACAACAGGAAGCAACUAUUAAAGACAGCUUUCUUGCCUACAACAAGCAACCAAAUGGAAAAAUUAGUAACGAUGAUUUCCGGAAGGUGUUGGAAGAUCAUGGGAUGCCAAUGGAUGAUAGCCAGUUUAAUCUACUGACUGAGAAAUUAGGAUUCCCAAAUGGAGGGCUGAGUUAUCUUGAUUUUGUAGCAGUAUUUGAAGAUCCCAGACUGAAUGGACCAGGAGCUACAUUAUAUUGCAGUCCAAACCACCGAGUAAAUAGCACUAAAUUUCACUACAUGACUGCUGAAGAAUGUCUAAGUCAAUUUAAUGAUAAACUGAUGGAAGGAUAUGGGGACACCUACUCUGCCUUCUGUAAAACAGAUAGUAACCGUGAUGGUAUCAUCAACAUGCUUGAUUUUCGACACCUCCUGGAGAGCUUUGUGUUCAUCCUUUCAGAUGAGGAGUACUCACGCCUACUUGGUAUAUUGGGCAUGAACCUGAACUCUACAUUAAAUUACCAGGAAUUCCUUCAACUGUUCCAGACCCAAGAAACAAAAGAGGCACAUCCUUGGCUGAAUCCAUCUCACAAACCAAAACAGACAGUAACGGAUGCAGAACUAGCUUGUGAUCAGGCUCAUUACUAUCUUGUUAUCAAAGCACAGACCAGAUGGCAUGACCUAGCAAGGACUUUCCGUGAGUUUGAUAGCGAAGGCAAUGGCAUUGUGCAGCCAGAGGAUUUGAGAGCUGUCUUGUUCAGAUUUGCCAUUCCAAUCACCCCAAAAGAAUUUGAAAAGCUUUGGGCAAGGUAUGAUACAGUUGCAAAAGGCUACCUUACUCACCAAGAAUUUCUGCAGAAAUUGGGGUUAGAGUUUGCACCAGCUGACACUGGACUAAGCAGACAUAUUGUGGAAGACAAUUAUGCAAGUUUAAUGGAGCAUUACAGUAAUCAGCAAAAGAAGCAUUUGGAGAUGGAAGAGCAGCAGAAACAGCAAACUAAAGCCCUACAUGUCAGUGAGAUUAAAAAGCAGAUCAAGGAUAAAUUUAGGGACUACUUCCAAGACUUCAACAAGGCCUUUUAUAGACUGGAUAAAAAUAAAGAUGGCUAUAUAACAGUAGAUGACCUACGCAGGAUGCUGCAAGAAUUCAACUAUUAUCUUGAUGAUGAACAGUUCACCAGUCUUCUAAACAGUUUAGGAAUCAGUAUUCAUGACAGCAAGCUCUCUUAUUUUGAUUUCCUGAGAGCGAUUGAUGAUGGCAGAGCAUCUAAAUACCAGAAGAGACAAAAGCAUGCUGCACCACCUGCAAGCUUUGCAAUGCUCAGCUUAGAAAAGACCCUAAUUAAGAUAAAAGAAAUAGUUACAUCUUCUUAUGAUUUGUUAUACAAGGCAUUUUCUCUGUUUGAUAAAGAAGGCACUGGGGCAAUUAAAGCACUGGAAUUCCGCCAGGUACUUGACCAUUUCUGCUUUAAACUAUCGGACAGGCAAUUCAGGCACCUACUCAAGAAGCUAAGGAUUUAUGAAAAUCAUACAAUAGACUGGAAAUUUUUCCUGAAAAAUAUUAAUCUCCUCUUAGAGACUGAGGAAGGGCAGAAAGUCGCUCAGCCUAAAUCUUCUCAGGAGCUGUCAAAGAAAGAUAUCCUUACACGUAUACAAGAAGUAGUGACUGCUCGCUUUAACACCAUUGCACAAGAGUUUAAAGAUAUCGAUUGUGAGAAAGUUAAUACAGUAUCAAAAGAGGACUUCCGGGGUAUUUGCAACCGUCACUUUCUGCUUCUGACAGAUGAACAAUUUGAAAACCUCUGGAAUAUAGUGCCUGUUGAUGCCGAUGGAAAACUGAAGUACUGUGAUUUUUUGAAGAAGUUCAACUCCAAAGUAGUGACAAUGCCAUCAGAUACUCCAUCCACAAACAAUGCUCCAUGUUCCUCCAAGCCCACUACCCCUGCUGAGCCUGGGUCACGGUUACCUUCUCAACCUUCACGUCCCAAGACAGCAUCUUCUCCAUUAGGUCAAGUAAAAACUCCAAUGUCCAGCCGGCCUCGUACUGCAAUGGCAUGGUCCCCACCUUUACUGAACUGUGAACCAAUAGAAAAUAAAAUAAGAAAGAUCAUUCAACAUUCCUGGAGAGAAAUACUGAAAGACUGUAGAGAGAAGGAUGUUGACCGACUAGGAGAAAUCUCAACAUCCGAUUUCUUAGCCAUAGCAGAGAAGUUCAGUUUGGAUUUAAGUAAAGAAGAGAUUAGCCAAAUAGCAACAAAAUACGACAUUAAGAACAAUGACAAAUUUGCAUACUGUGACUUUCUCCAAAGCUGUGUCCUAUUAAUGAAACCACAAGAAAGUUCAUUGCUACAAAGGAUGAUCAUUCAGAAGCCACGAAUACCGAGGAGUCCUGGACCGCAGAGCCUGACAUUUUUCAAUGCAAUGCUAAGAAUUCAACCCCAGAUCUUGCACUGCUGGAGACCGAUGAGACGAACGUUUAAAUCCUAUGAUGAAAGUGGGAGCGGGCUAUUAAGUGUUCAGGAUUUCAGGCAGGUGCUGCGUCAGUAUCACAUCAACCUGACUGAGGAAGAGUUUUUUCACAUUUUGGAAUUUUAUGAUAAAUCAUUAUCUUCAAAAAUUUCCUAUAAUGAUUUCCUCCGGGCAUUCUUGCAAUAGGAAAUGGAAGGUGUCAUCAAAUGCAAGAAACUAUAGAUAACAGAGCUAAUGACUGAUUUAUAAUUUCUAAUUAAUAAAUUAACCAACUAUAGCUUUUCUUUUUGCAUCAGCAAUCUCAAAAUACUUACAAUUCUGACAAAUACAGUGGCCAUAGGUUGUAGAGCAAAUCUACAUGACAGAACUAUUAAUAUUCACAUAAUCCAUUUAUCUGAGACCUUACAGGCAUCUGCAAAAGAAAUACAAUUAAGAAAAUAUUUUUUGUAAUUAAAGUAUUAUUAAUUAACCCCCCUUUUUAAUUUCAAUAAAGAUUUGAAAGGCCUACUAUUCACUUUUAUAAGAUAUAAUAGAAAUAAUAUAUUUGGAAAAUUAUAUAAUCCUUCAUUAUUAGAAAAUUAUCUGCUUUACAAUCUGUCUUUCCUCCCACUUGAUCAUGCAGUGACAUAUUUAGCUCUCCAGUAGCUUUAUAUGUUGACAUGGAACAGCUAUUAUACUCUGAACAGACACACUAGCUGUGCCUUGACGUGUCAUCUUUUUCCAAUGAAACCUUUCCCCAUAAUUUUUCCCAUAUUUGAACAUAAAAAUGGAAGUUAAAAAUUAAAUUUAGAAAGAGCUAAUUUGCCAUUCACUAUUGUAUUUGUCACUGCAAAUGUGGAAGUGUAUACCUCUAACUUGCGUCUCCUCAUGUUAACCCAAGAUUUAUUUUUAUGGAUUUUUAUGGAUAAACUAUUUUUCAUAAUGUAUAGUGCACUAAAAGUAAAAUAUCCAGUUAGAUUUAUUGGUUUUGUGAAAGUGAAUAGUUUGAGCACCUAUUAGAAAAUUAUGGGGAAAGGUUUAAAUGGAAAAAGAUAACAUGUCAAGACACAGCUAGUGUGUCUCUGGUAUAUGUAGAUUUUAAAAGAGAAAUUAAAAGAUAAUUAAUUUGGCUGCCAAUCUCUUUGGUAAGCAGUGAACUUAUGAUCAGCAGGUUCUGUUUUCUGGGCUUAUAUCAAGACUCAAAUGGGUACAUUCAGUAACUAUUAGGACAGUACAUCUCUUUGUGGCAUCUUGGACCUGUUCUCUGCCACUCAGUCAUUUUCACUGAUCUACUGAAGAGCUCUAUGUCACCACAAUAUGUGGUGGCUUUCCAUGUUUCUUUGCUUUCCUUCAAAUCAAAAAUAACUUUAUUUUUAAAAAAGAGAAAGAAACCUCUCAAAGAACAAGUUCUAGAUUUAUAGGUGAGUCUCUUCAGUCAUUGUCUAGAAAGUGAUCAGUGGUAGGAUGCUUGAAUGAAGGCAUACAAGGUGCAAACAUUUUCUAUACCUAACAUUUUUAAUGCAUUUACAGCAACAUCUUAAAAAGAGUUAGUAAAGUAGCACCAAAGAUUUCAAUACAAAGCAGAGUAACUACUAACUGGGGUAGUGCACAUCCAAACAAUUUCUCUUUCUUAUUGCUGGUGAACUUGCCGGCCAUUACUAUGGGUCUGAUCCAAAGACCAUUGAAGUCAGCUGAAAGAUUCCCACUGACUUUAAUGGGGUUUGAAACAGGCUUUGUCUGAGGAAAUACUUAAUCUCAUUUGAAACUUCAAAGAAGAUGUUUGGUGGAUUUUAAAUGAAAAGUGUUAAUGAGACUUGGGGUUGUUUGGCUUUGGUGAUUUUGGUUCUUGAUCUCUCAUAUCAAUAUGAUCUGUAUUUUGUUUAUCACACACAGUUCAGGAACACUUGUUAUAUAUUCAAGGAAUUAUACUUGAAAAUUGAUACACUUGAGAUAGUAACACAAAGGAUACUUUGUUACAUUUUCUUUGAAAAGUAUUUGCCACAUAUAAAUCCAUUCAAUGAGAACUGCAUUUAGUGCUUAGGUAUAUAACUAGAAUGAUGUAAGGGGUUCUCCUCUACCAACCCAAUGUGCAAAAGUUCCAAGUUCCAUUUACAGGUAAUUUAUACGGAUUCACAUAAAUAAAAGAAUCUAAAAUCCAUUUAACCUUUUUAUCUUUAAUUUUAUUCUGAAAACUGAUCUCAAGACUUUCCUUUUUUACGAAUAUUUUCCACACUUAAUGUACAUCAGUCAAUGAAAUUCAAAUGCAAUAUACCUGUAUUGAGUUGUGUUAUUUCUAUGCUGUUUGCAGUUGUAAAAGAAUUAAUUUUCACCAAAUUUACUAUUUGGAGUAUACCUAA